AUGGAAGAGCCUGAAAUUGCUCUAACUUUCAAUAAAUAUUUUUAAAAAUAAUAAAAAUAUCUAAAAAUGGCUUAAAAUUUUAAUUUUCUACCAUAGAAUAAUGUAAGAACACACAGUCAAACAAUCUUUUCUCUCCAAGAUAAAAUAAAACAAGCCAUUUCUUCGUUUCCUUACUGAGAAAUAGAGAACGAAAAGAAAAACAUCGAAGAGCAUGAUUCUCGUGCAGACAAAGAACUGUUUUUACCUAACAUUAGCGAAAAAAUUCUUGUCCAGCCAAACGCGACUCCAAUUGUUGAUGAAAAAGAAGCAAAUGAGGCCACUGAAGUAACGGAGCCAACAGAAAGAGACAACAAGCCAGAAGCAGAGCACUAUAAAGCUCCGUUGAAAAUGUCUAUAGCCCAGCCUGAUAGCAAAAAUAGCAAUGAAACAAAUCAAGAAAAAGGCUGCUGCUGUAUCUUAUUUUAG